GAGCACAUUCUCUCUCUAACGUCCAUCUUGUCUAAAUACAUCCCCACUCAGUUCACAAGUCUAUAUAUUUCUUCCCAUCGCAUGAACGUGCAGAACCUGAACUCUUUCGAUCCUUUUGCUGACGAGGGCGAUCCUCUCGGAGGCAACCAAGACGUUGGAUCCCAGCAGAAUUACCUUCACAUCCGUAUUCAGCAGAGGAACGGGAGGAAGACUUUGACCACGUUGCAGGGAUUACCCAAGGAGUAUGAUCCCAAAAAACUCUUGAAGGCUUUCAAGAAGGAGUUUGCUUGCAACGGCACCCUCGUUGACGACGAGGAAAUGGGUCAAGUGAUCCAGCUUCAGGGUGAUCAGAGGCUUAAGAUUGUCAAGUUCCUCACGGAGGAGGGCAUUCCGAAGAACACCAUCAAGCUGCACGGGUUCUAGUUCAUGUCCUCAGAGGGAGUAUCCAAACCCUCGAAGUUCAUGUCAAUGUUUCUCUGUCAACAUGUUUCUUCUUUUUCACAUACUUCUGGAUACGUCUUGUUGAGUAUGCCGUUGACGUUUGUACCAUCAUCACCAAUUGUUGACCGAUUAGAUUUUUCUCAUGUACUAAGUUCACAAAAAUCUGGACUUCACAUAUAUUUCCAAAACACCAGGACAGAUGAAGCAAUGUCUA